CUCUCUUUUGCAUCAGAACACAACGGAUAAAUGCAUUUUUAUGGCGUUUACUUUAUGGCCUUUUUAUAACACGAUGGGUAUUACUGGCCUAACAAUGUGUCAGAGUGGACGAAUGAGUCGGGAGACCGCAGCCGGAACCUGGGCCGGUGAGGGCGGCGGGUUUCUGGGUUACUACAGAAAACACGCAGCGCAUUUCACUCAAUGACAGCAAAGCGAAAGUAAAUUGCCCAAGUAGCAGCAGGACAUGGAGCAGUGAGGAUGAUCUUUGCCGGACUGAUGCCGAGUGCGAAAAGUGUACUGCUUUGCCGGCCUUGGAUUAUUUAUGCAUUGAGUCUCCGAAAAGCCGCCUGAUGGAUCUGGGUUCCCGUUUUGCUUUUUUCUCUGUGUGCCUAAUUGUAACCUGUGUCCUGCGGUCCACGCGCUGCUCCAACGACAAAGUCAUUUGUCCGUGUCCACGAAUUCCCCCAAGACCUCUAACUCUCAAUCCACCAGAGAAAUGCUACGAAAUUAACCAGACUUUUCGCUACGAGUGCCAAGAAGGUCUUUUGAGGAAGGUGGGAACUUCCAAUUUCAUCAGAUGCAAGCAGAUUGGCAUUGGUCGUGGUCAGUGGGAGCCUAGUGAACCCACCCUCGAGUGCAUACCUGACCCAAAGCUAACCCAACCACCAAAGAGCCCGGUAACAACGCUCUCAGCUCAUUGUUCAGCUGAACCAAACAGAACCACAACACAACAAACAGAGAGCACGGUAACAAAGGGUCAUGAUGACAUUCCUCACACCUUCACCAUUGCCAACACAAUCACCGCUUCCUCCGGCCCACAGACGACCCAGAAAUUACGCCCCUCAGCUUCAGUUCCUGCAGAGUCAGACUGGCCAGAGCCGACCCCAUCUAUUCAGCAGGCCCUGUCAGGCCCCUCCCAGGCAGGAACAGAACGUGACGUGACGGAGACGCCAACAACCCCAUUCAUCGCCGCACCUUUGAACGGCACGGCACACCCCCCUGAGGCGUUCCCCCACGCCGCCCGCAAGUAUUUCUCUCUCUCAUCAGCAGCCGUCAUCAGCUGUGGCACAUUGGUGAUCGCCUGCACUUUGGUGGGGAUUGGCUUCUUUUGUUAUAGAAGAAGGCGGCCCAAAAGCCACAGCCCACCCCCAGAAGAGCAGAUACCCAUGAAAGAGGAUCCGUCUGAGCAAUGAAGAGGUGUCGCAGAGCUGGACCUGCCGCUUUCACAGAGAACCCGCCUGGUAAUCUGUGUUUCUAUUGUCAUCAAAUCCAAUGAGAAUGCUCAGCCCAACAAUAAAGUGAUCCCUCCAACAACUAUGUCUGUUUAGACUAAGCCUUUAGAGCGAUUGGAAAAGGCAUCUCCUCUACCCUGGGAUCUCACCAAGGUAUCAGGAGACAGACAAACUGAUAGUUUUGCUACUUUAAUUGGAAUGAUGACUAUAGAGAUCGUGCUCCACCCGUACCCCAUAACAACAUACAGCAAACUCUGGGAGAAUACACUGGUGAAUUAAAAAGCUUAUUUUUGAAGUUGUUAGUUUAGCGGUGUACAAACUAGCGGUUGCUACUGAGCCAGCGACUUUUGCUUCUAUGUUUGUCAGCGCUUGUGUGUGUCAAACUCUUCCAGAAAGGUCCGAUCGCCAACAUUAUAAAAACAAAUAAUGUGGUCAUCUAUUGAAGGAACGAAGGGUGUCAAUCUAAUGUUGUUGAGAACUUUUCAGUUGAAACGUAAAUAUGAUUGUAAUAAACACAUGGUUAUAUUGAGCAAA